GUGAUCCACCUGCUUCGGCCUCACAAAAUGCUGAGAUUACAGACAUAAGCCAUUGCCCCUGGCCUGUGAAAAGCAUUUGAAUGUGAUAAAUGGUGCUUCCGUUUUUUUGGUUCCUAAGAAAAAAAUUUCCUGUGGUUUCAAUAUUUCCCCUGAGGCCCUGAACUAGGCCCAGCCGCUCCUCACAAAGGUGUGGGUUCAGGUUCUGUCAUUAUCCCUGUCCAAUCAAUACAUGUGGCUGCAUUCCAUGUCAGUAGGACAUGAAACUGCUUCUUGGAGCCAGCUGUGCCCCAUGAAGAUGUGGGUCUGGGUGAAGUUCGGGAUGGGUGCUGAACUUUUUGCUCUGGCUGGGAGAAUGUAGUGGCUCAGGGAAGGACCCAAGAGGAACCAGCCUCUCUCUCCUCCCAAGGUGCGGAUGGGGAAAGGAACCGGGAGUGAAGUGAAAAGUCUAAGGAGAGCCACCCCAGAGCCAGCGAUCGGAUCUGGCCAAGGAUGUCUGCAGAAACCCCUAACAUAGAGACUCUCCCUCUCCAAGCCGCGGCUCUCGCCAGACUGGAGAAGGUCCUCAAAAGAGGGUGUCCUCAGGGCCGGAUUGGACCCUGCUUCGUGGGAGGCGGGACUCAGGGCUUAGCUGGCGGAGGAGUAUUUAAGACGGGGCGGAGUUGGAGGUGGCCAAGGGCAAAAUGAGCGGGAUUCAGGGCACCAGGACCUACCCAGGCGCGGGGGACACCUCUGACCUUAAGUACCCCUUGGGAACCAGGCUCAGGGAAGCUCUCACCGAGGCUCGGUUCCAUCAGCUCUUCGGGGGCGAAGAGCAGGAACCGGAGCUACCUGCAGAGCGCCGCUUUCCCCGGCUCUUCGGGCUGUGGAGGCUGCGGACUCGCGCUUGUUCCGGGACGGGGGCGUGGCGCCUGCUACAGGCUCUGCUGCCUCCGCUGCACUGGCUGCCCCAUUACCGCUGGCGGGCCUGGCUGCUCGGAGAUGCUGUGGCCGGAGUGACCGUGGGCAUCGUGCACGUGCCCCAGGGCAUGGCCUUUGCUCUCCUGGCCUCCGUGCCCCCGGUGUUUGGACUCUACACUUCUUUCUUCCCCGUCCUCAUCUACAGCUUGCUGGGUACUGGGAGACACCUGUCCACAGGAACUUUCGCCAUACUCAGCCUCAUGACAGGCUCGGCCGUUGAGCGGCUGGUGCCAGAACCCCUUGUGGGGAACCUGAGCGGAACCGAGAAGGAGCAGUUGGACGCUCAGCGGGUUGGGGUAGCCGCAGCCGUGGCCUUCGGGAGCGGGGCGCUGAUGCUGGGGAUGUUCGUGCUGCAACUCGGCGUCCUGUCCACCUUUUUGUCCGAGCCUGUUGUCAAGGCGCUGACCAGCGGGGUCGCGCUGCACGUGCUCGUGUCCCAGCUGCCGAGCCUCUUGGGGUUGUCCCUCCCGCGCCAGAUCGGCUGCUUCUCUCUCUUCAAGACGCUGGCCGCCGUGCUGACUGCGCUGCCCCGGAGCAGUCCGGCCGAACUGACCAUCUCGGCGCUCAGCCUGGCGCUGCUCGUGCCGGUCAAGGAAUUGAACGUGAGAUUCCGAGACCGGUUACCCACGCCGAUCCCGGGGGAAGUCGUCAUGGUGCUUCUGGCCUCCGUGCUCUGCUUCACCUCUUCUCUGGACACAAGAUACCAUGUCCAGAUAGUGGGGCUGUUGCCUGGAGGAUUUCCCCAACCCCUCCUCCCCAACCUGGCUGAGCUGCCCAGGAUUCUGGCUGACUCGCUGCCCAUCGCACUGGUUACUUUUGCGGUGUCCGCCUCCCUGGCCUCCAUCUAUGCAGACAAGUAUAGCUACACUAUUGACUCCAACCAGGAGCUCCUGGCACAUGGUGCCUCCAACCUCAUCUCCUCCCUCUUCUCUUGCUUUCCCAACUCGGCUACGCUGGCCACCACCAGUCUACUGGUGGAUGCUGGUGGGAAAACACAGCUGGCAGGCCUCUUCUCCUGCAUAGUGGUCCUGUCGGUGCUGCUGUGGCUGGGGCCCUUCUUUUACUAUCUGCCCAAGGCUGUCCUGGCUUGCAUCAACAUCUCCAGCAUGCGGCAGAUGUUCUUCCAGAUGCAGGAACUUCCACAACUAUGGCACAUCAGUCGUGUGGACUUUGCUGUGUGGAUGGUCACCUGGGUGGCUGUAGUGACCCUGAAUGUGGAUUUGGGCCUGGCUGUGGGUGUUGUCUUCUCCAUGAUGACUGUGGUCUGCCGCACCCAGAGGGUGCAGUGCCUGGCACUUGGACAGGCUGAGGGAACAGAGCUCUACAGGCCACUCAGAGGAAGCCACAAGCUCCUCCAGGUCCCAGGGCUCUGCAUCCUGAGCUAUCCAACACCACUGUACUUUGGGACCCGUGGGCAGUUUCGCCGCAACCUGGAGUGGCACCUGGGGCUUGGAGAAGGAGAAAAGGAGACUUCAAAGCCAGAUGGCCCAACUGUUGCAGUUGCUGAGCCUGUCAGGGUAGUGGUCCUAGACUUCAGUGGUGUCACCUUUGCAGAUGCUGCUGGGGCCAGAGAAGUGGUGCAGCUGGCCAGCCGAUGUCGAGAUGCUAGGAUCCACCUCCUCCUGGCUCAGUGUAAUGCCUCGGUGCUGGGGACACUGACUCGGGCAGGACUCCUGGACAGGGUGACCCCAGAUCAGCUGUUUGUGAGUGUGCAGGAUGCAGCUGCUUAUGCCCUGGGGAGCCUGGUAAGGGGCAGUAGCACCAGGAGCGAGAGCCAGGAGGCACUGGGCUGCGGCAAGUGAGGCAGGGCUCACUGACCCAAAGAUUUGCACAGUGUGGGUCUGACCUCAUCAUGUGGAGUGCAGAGGGCCCCGAUGACAUGUGUGUGAUGAGGACCAUGACCUUGAGCUCCCUUACCUAACGUAACUAAUAAAAUGAAGCUGAGAGCUUUGGAAUCCA